AAUUCUUAGAGCCACUCCACCUCUCCCACAUGCACAGAAACAAGAUCACUUCGGUGUUCAGUGCUUCAGUAGGCUGUUGGGUUCUUCAUCUGUGGAAGUUUUGUGAAAGUUCCCUGCCUUAUGGCCUGGAUGUAAUAAGGAGCUCUUUUCCACAUUUUGUAACUCCUUCCUUCCCAACUCCCAUCUGCAAUCCUUGUCGUCCUCUUUCUGAUCGUAUGGUUUCCAUGCGGGGUUGCAUUGUGAACAUGUUGUGUUGGAACAUGCUGUGGAGUAGGGUGUGUUGGAAACUGGGCAUUCACACAGGUUGUGGGCUGGAAAAGGACUUGGUACUCAAGCGGUUUGUACAAUCCAAAGCAAGUUUUCACAUUUUUAUCUCAUUUAGGACGUCAAACCUGAGUUUUCAACUACACCUCAUGUUCCAGAUUUGGGGCCAUAGGAAAAUCUGGGAAAUGUACAGCUUCAAGUAUUUCAGAGCCCAGAGGUCAACAGUAAGACCAGAUAGUUGAUGUACUCAGGCAGAUAACUGAAUCCAGACAAAAAGAACCUUCUGGCCCCAUACAUCUCAGGCAUGGGAUGCCAAGGAUAAUUUUUUUGUCAGAAUUGUCCAAGACCAAAGUAGAUCUGGACCAUUUGAUGUGGUCCAACUGGGGACACCAACAUACUUUUCUAACUUCUUGCUCUAACCUAGUCCUAGCAUCACAUCCACUGUGUAUCAUGUGACAUACCUCUAGGGCUUGAUAAAAGUGGGGGAGGGUUGCCUGACAUGAUUGUCUUUCCAUGACAAAUGUCUGGUUGAUGCUUGUUGACACACUACUCCAGCAUUGAGCAGUUAGGUCAGUUGCACAAAGACAUGGAGAUGAUGGGCACAGUGCAGAAGUUUCACAGCCCCUCAAAUUGGGGGUUCCAGAAAAAGGGGUGGUUGGCUUAUUCUCCCUUUCAACUGGUUGGUGUCAACUUGCUUCAAGCAAUGAAGUGGGUCCAGCAGCAAUUCAUGCUUUGUGCCUUGGGACAAGAGAGUUGAUAAGUUCCAAUUGUGUUAGAUUGGUGGAUGUAAACUGCUCUGAUGUGUGGGUGUGGGUGUGGGUUGAGAAAGUCAUGCACUGUGGGGAGCUAACCCCCAACUUCCAGUUGGUGCUAAUUCCAAGAUCAUCUAUAGGAGAUACAAACUUUGUUGGAUUAAGCAAUGGAUAGCUCACUUGUAUUGUCGGGCUUUCAUA